UGGAUAUACACACUCUGUCUUUCAAACUGGAUGCGCGUGCACAUACACACACACGCACACACACACGCACACACACACACUCCAGCCAGAUGAACAGGAAGGACAUUCUCUUAAUCCACUGACUGUCAAGCUCUGAGGUCGUCCAGGUUCAUCAGCUGAGAGGCUACGACAGAAGGAAGGUCUCAAGAGCAGGAUCUCUUCAGGUGCCCCAGUGUGUUGUGGAUGCUGCACUUGUAAGCCCUGGUCGCGACUGGCUUGGCUCCGACCAGAAGGGGGAAGGUUUCUCACGUCGCCCUUUGGUUUUGACCAGAGUGGGGAAGGUUUUCCACGUCGCACGCAUCGUGCCGCCCCAGCAUGGACAGGAAGAGGAAGUGGAGCGUCGGUGGAGGUGCCGUGCUCUGGCUCCUCUCGGCUCACGUCUCCGUGGCCUUGGAAGUUCCUCUGGACCCUAAAGUUCUGGAAGGAUUGCCACAACCACCAACAAUCACUUUCGAGUCCCCGAAAAAUUACAUCAUCGACCCUCGGGAAAACAUCAACAUCAACUGCGAGGCGAAAGGCCAGCCUCACCCCAGCUUCUCAUGGACGCGGAACGGGACACACUUUGACGUGGACAAAGACCCCAAGGUGACCAUGAAGCCGAACUCGGGGUCGCUGGUCAUCGACAUCAGCAACGAAGAGAAGGUGGAGGCCUAUGAGGGCACGUACCAGUGCACAGCGCACAACGACCACGGAGUCGCCGUGUCCAACAACAUCGUCGUCCGCCAGUCACGGUCCCCCUUGUGGUCAAAGGAGACAAAUGAGCCCAGGUUCGUGCAGGUGGGAGACUCCCUGAUCCUGCACUGCAGACCGCCAGUAGGGCUGCCCCCUCCCGUCAUCUUCUGGAUGGACCCCUUCUUCCAGCGUCUGCCACAGAACAGCCGCGUAUCCCAGGUGCUGAAUGGGGACCUGUACUUCUCCAACGUGCUGAUGGAGGAUCAGCGCACCGACUACGUCUGCUACGCCCGCUUCCCCUACACCCAGACCAUACAGCAGAAGCAGCCCAUCACAGUCAGAGUGAUAAAUAACGCUGGUAUCGUGGGUGAGCGGAAGCCCACCUUCAUGUUGCCGACUGGAACCAACAGCACCUCCAUGGUGCUGAGGGGAGAGAAACUGCAGCUGGAGUGCGUUGCAGAUGGCCUGUGA